AUUUUCACCUGCAGCUCAUAUGUUCAUUUUGGUUUGGAAAAAGAGCAUAAUUCUAUUUCAUUGUUUUUUUUUAAUUUAUUUAUUUUUUUGCUUGGUUUUUUUUGUAAAUCCAAAUUAAUUGAUCAGCCAAGCAGAAGCUCCAGCAGAAAUUGUUGCAGCUGUAUCAAAUUGAAGAAGCAUGAAUAUUCAGAGAAGGCUGAUGGUGUUGUAUGUGCUCAUAGCAGGUUGUCAAGGUACUAUGAGUGGCGAAUGGAAGGCCACUGUUGUAAAGCGCAUUGACGCCCUGGUAACUUCCUGUGUGGUGUUACCCUGCUCAUUCAGCCAUCCGAAAGAACAACUCCCCAGCUCCAGACUUCGAGGGAUCUGGCAUCUUCAAACGCAACAUGACCAACGCAUAUACCAUCAGGAUGAGACAAAUAUCUUAGCCAGCUUUCGAGAUCGCACUCGAUUGUUGGGGCAGUUGGGUCAGGGGAACUGCAGCUUGGAGAUGACACAAAUCAAAGACUAUGACAAUGGACCUUUCUGUUUCCGCAUUGAAUUAGCGCCAACAGAAGGCGAUACACCCAGCCCUGACAAAUUCUCCUUUGUUGAGGACUGCGUCAAGAUGAAAAUGCUACCUGCCCCUCCAAAACCGACAUUGACCCUGCAUGCAAACAUAGCAUACGAAGGACUUCCUUACACCGUGGUCUGCUCAGUGACCUACACUUGCCCCACCCACGGGCCCUCGCUGACAUGGAGCAGGGGCAAUGCACACGAAGUCACCACCGUCAUCAAGGAGAUACACAGUGGGUUUUGGGAGGCUCAGUCCAUCCUCAUCAUCAUUCCUGAGGCGAAGGACGACCACAGUGAAGUCACUUGCAAGGCCAGCUUUUACGGAGGGAUGUCAUCCUCUGACAAGUUCACCUUGUUUGUCAAACGCACCGAAAACCAUCACCACAUCAUCAUUCCUUCAAUGGUAGCAGUUGGGAUCACUGUGCUCUUCGGAGGACUCUGCAUCGUCAUGGUGAAAAAAUACAAAACUUUGAUCUGCUUUCUACUCAAGGAAACGCAUUUCAGAACUUCAAGGUCAAUCCAGCAUGCGCGACCGGCUUUCAAGGUUGUCUCGUCGCAGCAGGAGACCGAGAGAGAACAUGAUGGAGCUGAAUCAUUUACCAAGCACUUUGACAUCUGGAGCUGGACAGAAGUUCUGCAAAAAUCCUCGACCAUUUCCAAAAAGCCAGCCCGGAACUUCCAAUUACAAACCGGUAAGAGCCUGACUCCUAAUUAUUCCACAGGCCUUAAAACUCAAACAUUUUACUUACACAUGUUCUAUGUGGCCUCACUCGUCUAAAUACGGUCUUCUGAUCAAUAGAAUUAAGUGGCAAAAUCCACCCGUUUUUAUUCAUCUGAUGGCUGUCAACUGAACGUGACAUCAUGAUUGCUCUGGGCUGAGGAAACGACUAACCACGGCUCACCGGUUUUCUCAGUUUGGUGGUGUGACGUUCCCAACCUGAGCCCUGAUUGGUCGUUUCCUGAGCUUUGAGCAAUUGUGAUGUCAUUUUCCGUCGACAGCAAGUGACAAAACGGCCGCC